GGACUCUCCCCAUACUCAGUGAGAAUUCGGAUCAGCAGUAAGUAUUACUGCAUCACACCAGCACACUCACACACACGGUGGGUCUGUACUGAGGACGGACGCGGUGUACGAGGAGUUUCCGAAAAAACCCGAGCGCUUCACGAAGACGAUCCGAAGAAACAAAGAGGAUCCUGCGCCCGAUCCUGUGCUGGAAAAGAGCGGAGGCUGGAUAUGAUAUAGCAAGGCCUGGCUAAGCUAACAGCGCUCUGCUAGCUUGGAUUUCACCAACACUGCCUUGAGCAUUCGGAGCGUCUUGGAGCCGCGCCUUUCUUCCGAGUGUUGGUCACCGGUCUCGCACCCUUCCUGGGACCUUUGAGCUCAGACAUCAUUGCUUUCUCCCCACGCUGGUGGCCCUCACACCGGGCCAGAACCAUGUGAAGCCUUUCUUAUGCGGCUGCCGAGUGGACUGUUGGACCGUUGCAUCAAGGCCCCCAGCCUUUAGGGUGGGGUGUUCCUUUUGAACUGUGUCCCGAUUCAUUCCAGAAGACACGCCCGAUUUUACUGAACCCCGUACCCCGUGAGCAUUCCGCCAGGGUUCGCCAUGAUGUUCCGGGACCAGGUGGGGAUACUGACUGACUGGUUUAAGGGAUGGAACGAGUGCGAACAGACGGUGGCGCUGCUGUCGCUGCUGAAGAGGGUGUCGCGGACGCAAGCGCGCUUCCUCCACAUCUGUCUGGAGCACUGGCUGGCCGACUGCACCGAGAUACACUUACUAGAGGCCGAGGCCAACAACGCAGCCAUCGUCAGCCAGUGGCAGCAGGAGCCGAAGGAGAAGGCGGUGUCGCUGCUGCUCUCGCACCUCCCGCUGCUGCAGCCGCGCAACAGCGAGGCCAAAUGCGAGUACAUGAAGCUGCUGCAGCAGGUCCUGAGCCACACCAUAGAGAGCAGCCUGUUCGUGGAGGAGAGCCGCCAGCUGCUGUCAUACGCGCUCAUCCACCCCGCCACCACGCUCGACGACCGUACCAACCUCGCGCUCUGGCUCAACCACCUGGAUGAGCACCUCUCCGCCCGCCCCCUGCCCCCUGCCUCGCACCAGUCCGGACUCUACUACCACCACCACCACCAUGCUCGGCAGGGUUCCGACGAGUGGACCAGCUCGGCCGAGACGCUGGAUGGCCACGUCUGGCUCGAUAAACCGCCGUCUACGUGCAGCUCGCCCGCCGGACAGAACGGCCACAUGGCGUUUCCCGGGACGGGAGGCAUGACCUCACCCGGCAUCGGUAACAGCACAGGUCUGCCUGGUCAGGUGCACCCGAGCCCCCUGAAGCGCACCGUGUCCCACAUUCCGGCCAAUCAGCAGGUCUGUAGCUCCGAUUGGCCAGGCCAGGAAGACACGUCCGGGCGCCAGGGCGCGGCCGGGGUGGAGCACGCACCUCUGUCCCCGCAGGGCAGCGUGGCAUCAUCGGGCAGCGAGCAGACGGACGAGCAGUCCAACGCGCGCAACACCUUCCAGGAGGACGGCAGCGGCAUGAAGGACGUACCGACGUGGCUGAAGAGUCUCCGUCUGCACAAGUACGCCUCCCUCUUCUCCCAGAUCAGCUACGAGGAGAUGAUGGUCCUCACAGAACAUCACCUGGAGUCACAGAACGUCACUAAAGGUGCUCGGCACAAGAUCGCUCUGAGCAUCCAGAAGCUGAGGGAGCGCCAGAGCCUCCUCAAGUCUCUCGAGAAAGACAUCCUGGAGGGCGGGAACGUCCGGAACGCCCUGCAGGAGCUGCAGCAGAUCAUCAUCACACCCAUCAAGGCCUACGUCCCCGCCGCCGCCGCCACCGCCGGGCUGAGGGACGCCGAGCCUGCCGGGAAGGGGGUCAAUCCGGUGGACGAGAAGGAUUCGGGCGUGGAGGGAUUCCAGAGCCACAAUCCCGCCCCGUGUGACGGGGAGUCGUCGUCCACGCCCAUCUCAGAGGGUGACAUCCCCGGGCAGUUAACCAGGGUGAUGGGGAAAGUUUGCACGCAGCUGCUGGUGUCGCGACCCGACGAGGAGAACAUCAGCUGUUACCUGCAGCUCAUCGAGAAGUGUUUAACACACGAGGCAUUUUCAGAGACCCAGAAGAAGAGGUUGGUAUCAUGGAAGCAGCAGGUGCUGAAGCUUCUCCGUCUGUUCCCGCGAAAAGCCAUGCUGGACAUGCCCGUGUACAGACAGAAAGGGUGGGCGUACGGUUCGAACUCUCUGCCCACAGCAGGCUCUGUGGGUGGGGUGGUGUCCCGGCGAGGACAGAGGCAGUUCACCCUGCCGCCCCGCGGCGCCCCUCUGCCCAGCCGCAUCGGCAUCGCCACGCACUCGCCGAGACACACGCUUACCAACCAGCCCGGCCUCACCGCACAGGGUAGACAGAAUCUGUGGUUUGGGAAUCCAGGAGGCAGCAACAGCAUGCCCGGUCAGAGCCGCAGUUCCGUACAGAGAACACACUCUCUUCCUGUACAGACGUCCCCACAAACCAUGCUCCUGUUCCAGCAACCAGAAUGCCCAGUUCCGGGACCUGACCCGGAGAUCAACCCCACGCUGGAGUCACUGUGCCUCAGUAUGACAGAACACGCCUUAGGGGAUGGGAUGGACCGAACGUCGACGUUAUGAAACUAAAAGAAGCCGAAUCGAAUCUGAGCUCCUUCAUCACUUCAUGCAACCGAAUCGCCUGCUCGCUCGCUCGGCCCCCCGCAGCCUGGAACACAAGGACACGCGUCACUACAGAAGAGAUGAAAGCGAAAGUGAACAUGUUCUCCUGAUAUUUUUCUACUUUAUUAUACUGAGUUUAUUAUAAAUACAGAUCACUAUUAUAUAGACGGGACACGGUGGAGUGUGUGCAGAGCGCUGGGCAUCCUCUCGCUCCCAUAAGCUCCGCGGGGUGUUGGCACCCUGGCACUCUUCCUCCAGCUAUAGGGCCUGAAUUGAAGGGAGGGGGCGCAGGGGAGAGAAAGAUUGGUGCUGUUUUUAAGGGCUCUUGAUUAGCCUGUUCUGUCCUUUAUUCAGGAGAUGUUACCCCACACACACACACACACAUGCGCACACACACUCUACGUGCUGACACGCUGCAUGAGAAGCUUCUGGGCACUUUGUGAAUUCCGUUGGCAGAUACAAACACGUGGCAUCACCGAUGCUUUGUUGUUUAUUAUUAUUAUUAUUAUUAUUAUUAUUAUUAUUUUUAUACACCAGCCUCGAUUACUGUUACUGUUCUGUGAUGAUGAAUCUCCAGGGAGGGAGAAACUGAACGUCUGGGAAUCCACGUCUGAUCAUUUAAAUGCGGUUUUAUGCGCCAGACGAGCACCAAAAACAAGAAGAACUGACGAACCGAUGGCAGGUCGACUUUGUUAGGUCAGCGUGGUUAGAACUUCAGUCACAUUCGAUCAGUCUGCGCUCAAAUCUCCAGGGUGUUGUGCCAGAACAGUGUCAAAUUCCCUCUGGUCCUCAAGUAAUGGAGCAUCAAUCAUCUAAAAACGAAAUCCUUUCUGGAUUGUUUUGCUCACCUCUCUCUCUCGAUUGGUCUGUAGAUCUAAAAUCGAUCCUAAAAGCCGUAACAUUAUGACAUCAUUUUACUUAUGACAUCGUUCGACACCACUGUGUUCCCUUGACGAUGCCGCUUCCAUCGACACGGUUCCAGAUGAAUCGGUGGACCAUCCUGUUCCAGCAAAACAGAACCGCACGACUCCCUGACCGUCGGGGUCUAGCAUUACGGCUGCACCCUUCUCCCGGUGCGCCCGCUGUAGACCAGUGCCUUCGCUUUCUAAACCCGCUCAGAUCUUUCCUUCUCCUCCAUCCAGCCCCCCCGGUUCUGAUCAGUAUUUGUGCACUUGUUAUAUUUCUCCGCUCUUCUUUCAUUCGGUGCAUUUUCGGUCCCGGCCGGCACCUCUGAACAUGCAGCUUAGGUUCGGCGCCACCUCGGACCUCGAAACGGUCCGUCGCAGGCUCUCAGGGAUGCCCGUGAAAGGCCAGAUAUUAAUUAAUCAGCGCCUCGGCACUAAAUUUCCCAACAAAACGGAUCAGAUUAACAGCUUACAAACAUUUAUUAUUUUUAUGUGUUUUAUCCCCUGUCUUUGUGCAGUGCCAUCGAUCAGCCAGCAGAGGGCAUCAAUGCUGCAUUCCUCAUAACUGCAGCAUUGACGCCCUCUGCUGGCUGAUCGAUGGCACUGCACAGAGACCCUUUGGACCAGCUGAUCAUCGUCUGUAUGGGCGCCUGACCGGCUGGUAGCAGUGUCCACAGUCAAGUCAGCUUUAUUUCCAUCGCUAUAGUCAUACAUCAAACUACUUUGCUAGUGCAGACGGCUGUAAUCUGGCGGCAUCUAGAAAAACGAGCGUCCAAAAUGCCACCUCUUACUAUUGCUUCAUCCAGGUCAGGGUCGCGGUGAGUCCUGAGCGCCCGAGGAAACCCACACAGACGUAGGGAGAACAUACAAACUUCACACAGAAAGGAAUCGAACCCAGGACCUUCUUAAAACAAGAACAGAAUCUUCACAAAGCACUUCGCUGUCAGUCAGAAGGAGGGAUUACGCUGAUAACUUAAUAGCACUUGUUUCGCAAAAAAAAAAAAAAAGACUCACCACUACGUACGUCAGAUAUUAACGAUAUUAUUAGCCAGACCGUCGAGACGCGUGUUCGAUUAACAUGUUUACACUUCACGUCAGUCGCCAAAGCAGAAAGACACUUGACACUGAUUUUCUAUCAGCAGGGGAUUGUGGGAGUUGUAGUUUUUUGAACGUUAGAGCUGGACUCAUUCAUUCAAAUCACUCAACCCCCAAAAUCCUGAUCAUCAGCGUUUGUUGAACCCCGUCUCGUCUCGUCCCUCCCUGCCAGUCGAGAGAUUUUAUGAAUCCCAGCCUGAAAGGUGCUUCUAUAAAUAUAUCUACGAGAAAUCAUUUGUAUUUUCGCUUGUUUUUUGGAUCUCCUUUAUUCCUUGGAUGGUACAGCCCGCUAGCGUGACGAACUGUAAUAAAAGUCUUGAGGCCACAACAGGAGCGGAACGAGGAGCGUGUACAGGUCUCCCAUUCGCUCCUGAUUUCCUGUUUCUCUAGUAAAAUGUUAUUUCAUCAAA